UGAGAGCUAUCAAUUUUUAUAUUUCAGUAGCCCAACCUUUGAAACGACCGCCAAGAGUCUCUCCUCAACAACCAAAUGAAGCUCACAAUAGCGUUGAUGGAACCUUUUUGCAGGAUAUGUCUCACAUCCCAUCCCCAAAAGGGGUUAAGUGGACUUCGAUUAGACAAUAGCCCGGUGCUGUGGCCCUCCACCUUAAGUGGCUGUGGACGUUGUGGAUGAUCUGUAGGUACUUUUACAAUCAAUUUCUUCUUGGCUUCUCAUUUAUUCCUCCCCCUGUACUUGCUUACCAGCACGACACUGAAGACAAAAUAUCACUAUAAUGUCAAUUGGCACUGAACACCAGAACUCAAGAGUCUCAACACAAGCUUCUGCAACCGCUACUGCCUCAGACCUGAAGGGCAAAGGCAAGGAGAAGGAAGUCGAUCCUCCUGUUCAUGAGGACGCAUCCGAUGCUGAAGAAUCCGGAGAUGAUACAAGGGAUGACUACCCUUUUGAACGUUUCCCUUCCCCACCACGCGACGAAUCUGACGCAACGCUCCCCGCUGUCCCAAAUGCUGCUGCUUCCCUUAACCCACCCCUCGAUCCGCCUCUCAUGACAUUCACCUACCCCCCUCCACCUCCUCUCGCCAACGACCCCACAUGGUUUGCACAGAUGGUCGCCGAAGUUCAUCGCAACCGCGCUCACCUCAACACCCAACUUGGGCUUGCGCAUGCCGAGGCCUCAGACGCUUUGGCUGAUGUCACUCUCGCGGAUAUCGAGCAAAAGGCUGAGAGGGAUGAAAUGCAAAAAUUCCUGAACCGCCUGGCAGCGGUCGCGGGGAAGAACUUCGUGCGCAAGUUGAUCCGGAGUGUCCAUUGGGCGUUGGUGAAUGGCGAUGCAGCCUUGAACGAAGGGAGUGAAGACGAGCAUCAAGAUGCAGAUGAUGAAAAUUCAAGUCGCAGUGAUGAGGGCGAAGUAGAUCAGGAAGAUCAAGAAGAUGAUAAUUUGCGCGGCAGUGCCGGCGAGAGCGAAGAGCACCCGCAAGACGCGGAAGAGGAUGAAUAUAACGAUGACGGUGAUUCUCAGAAAAGGUCUCAGUCUCCCAGCCCAAGCAGCCCUAACUGGCGCCGACAUUCCUUCCAUGAGAGUUUACGGAGCACUGCCAAUCCUCAGGGAACGCCUGAGACUCCGCCCACAAAUGGGAGACGUAAACUCCCUUUCCAAGAGAUUUUGAGCCAGCCAAGCAGCCCCAACUCGCCUCAAGAGGACGUGGAUAACACAGACGAUGAAUAUUCCGGCGGCGGCGACGCAUCUCGGGGAUGGACUGAAUCUCCACCCGCACACGAGAGCCGCAAACGACAACUCGAGGAAGAAGAGGAGUCCAGCAGCCCUGAGACCUCACCUAGGAAAAAAAUCAAGCUUGAAUCUCAGUCACCACGUACACUUGUUGCACUUCCCUCACGAUCCGUGAGUGCCCCAGAGGACAACCAGGACAAUGCAAUAGGAUCAGACGCCGCUGAUUCAGAUGAGGAGUACGAUGUGGAGAAUUCUCUUACCAUAGAACAUGAACCCGUACUAUCAGCUUAUUCCCUCCACUUGUACAGAUUGGAAAGGAACCCGUACAGGGUGCGCCAAAAUUCGAGGGGUGCACCCGAACUGUAUGUUCCCGGCAGACUCGCUAUCGAUUUCCCUUAGAUGUGGAUUUUCAGUUGUUAUACCAUUAUUACUCCUUCGAUUUACCAGUCUAAUACCUGCUUGGUUCGCAUACGUUUCCUUGAUGUUAAUUUCUUGUAAUGCACCUCUUUGAAACCCCCAUGGUCCGCAACCGU